AUGUUAUUAUCAUAUUUUGUGGUUUAUGAGAUCUUUUCAGUGGCGACAAUUGGCGUCAAAUACCUGAUACCUCAGACACGGUUCUCCUAUAAGAGAUAUUUUGCAGCAGGGUUUUGGACUCUUUGCAUUUAUAUUCUCGAGUUGAACAACGUUAAUGUCGAGAUUACAGGAGACGAACUGGAAACCGAAAAUGCACUUUUCAUCAGCAAUCACGCAUCCCUGAUCGAUUAUAUCAUUUACCCUUAUUUAGUUCUCAAGUCUACUCGAAAACCAUCUGAGUUGGAAGCGGCUCGAAAAAACGAAAAGAAGGGUGAGCCCGAGAAAAUAUUCGCACAGGAUCUCUCUUCGAUCCUGCUCCCUCGAAUCAAUUUCUUUACCUGGUAUGCCAUUUGGUUCAUUCCAAGUUUUAGGGUAUUCAGGAAUGUGUUUCAGGCAGACGAGAAUUGGGAACUCAAUGACGAAACGUUGGGAUUCGUAUUCAAAGACAUACUCGAUUCUGAGGUAGUGGAAUGGCUGGUUACAUUCCCUGAGGUUAACAUUUUCACUAAGAAGGAUGCCAAAUUGCAACAAGGCAUGUCCGAGAAAUUUUAUCUGCCAGUCUUGAAUAAUCUGCUAUAUCCUAGAUAUUCAAGCUUUGCGAACGUCGUGUCUGGGCUCCACAAAACACAAUUCACAAGAUUAUACGAUACAUCCAUAAUGUAUUACAGACAAACACCGCAGGGGAAUAUAUCGUUUGAGGCACCAAACCUUCUUGAAGCCUUUGGUCUAUAUGAAGGCAAAAUCACCAUCAAGGUCCAUGUUCAUGCAAAAAUGAUGAGCAGAAUUCCAUUAAAGAGAAACAAAUUAGAAAAAUGGCUGGAGAGGAAAUGGAUCAAAAAGGACCGGCUUAUCACAAAGCUUAAGAACGAAGUAGCAAAAGAGCACCUACAAGGUCCUUAA